AUGCAAUCCAUAUAUCCAGAGUUUUCGUCAAGUGAGAGACCUUAUCCAAAUGGAGGGUUUCAGAGAAUUUCAGAAUUACAUCCAUCAUAUGAUCCUCUUUAUUAUGUCUUGCUAUUCCCAAGAGAUAAUGAUAGUUGGCAUGCAGAUAUUCUCCUAACAGGAGCUAUUAAAAGAGAAAGAAAUCAAUCAUCACUUCGAACUGAAUUGUAUAAUGGAAUUGUGGAUGCAAUCCAUGCAAGCGAUGGAAGUAAUAAUGUAGAUGCUUCUUGGUGCAAGUGGAAACUUCAGAAAACAUCGACAAAUGUGAUCGGAAGACUUUACAUAGUACAACUGUCAGAAGGAAAAAGAUAUUAUUUGCGAACUUUGCUGACCUGUGUGAAAAGAGCAACAAGUUUUAAUAGUUUGAAAAUCGUUGAUAGUUAUCAGUGUAGUAGUUUUAAAGAGGCUUGCAUUUGUUUGGGUCUUCUCCAGAAUGAUGCUGAGUGGAAUGCAUAUUUACUUGAGACAAGUGAAAUAAAAGCGGGACAACAAUUGUGA